CGGAAGUAGAGACGGUGGACGAGUAGACCUAAACAUGGCGCCUUUGCUGGAUCACAAAAUUGGCGACGCUAUGUUAUCUUCUUUACCUUGGCGAUCAAAAUCUAAUCUCUUAACAUGUUCACUCCUUUUGCUUAUUUACCUGACGGCGCAGCCAACCUUGGCCAAACCGAGCAGCCUCAAAGAGAUCACUGACGGAAACUGGGAAGACAUCUUGGCAGGGGAAUGGAUGAUUGAAUUUUUUGCCCCGUGGUGUCCGGCGUGCCAACAGCUCCAGCCCGAGUGGAAUGAGUUUGCCGACUUGGGUGAGGACAUGGGCGUCAACAUAGCGAAGGUGGACGUUACUGAACAGCCUGGUUUGAGCGGGCGAUUCGUCAUCACUUCACUUCCUACAAUCUACCACUGUAAGGAUGGUGUAUUCCGGAGGUACCAGGGGGCUCGCACCAAAGAUGACUUCCUAAGCUUUAUUGAUGAGAAGAAGUGGCAGGGCAUUGAGCCCGUGUCUUCCUGGUUCGGACCAUCUUCCUUCAUGAUGAACACAAUGUCCGCUCUCUUCAAGCUGUCAAUGUUCAUUAGGCGUUGCCAUAACUACCUGAUAGAGCAGCUGGGGAUUCCAGUGUGGGGCUCGUAUGUCAUCUUUGGACUGGCCACUCUCUUCUCCGGCCUAGUCCUGGGACUGAUACUGGUGUUCAUUGCAGAUUUUGUCUUCCCAUCACGGCGAUUUAACUCCCCAAACUACUACCAGAACUGGUUGAUGGGGACGAGGAUUAGGAGGAGGUGGCAUGGGGAGGCUGGAGAGCAGCAGAGAGCCGUGGUGUCUAGAGACUGUGGGAAUCCACCAGCCAUAGAGGAACGCCUGUACAAUAUAGACAUACCUGAAGCUCCUAACAGCCUGUCGGAGCUGGAUGGGAAGAUCAGUGCGGUCAAAGCGGCCCUACUGAAAAGGAUGGGGGAGUUUGGGCUGGUAACGGUGGCAGCGGCAUUAUCCUCGGCUGGCACCGCUGUCCAAGAGGCAAUCACCGUGGCCUCGCCUCAUUCCCCUCCCCUCGCCUCGUUCCCCUCCCCUCGCCUCGUUCCCCUCCCCUCGCCUCAUUCCCCUCGCCUCGCCUCGUUCCCCUCCCCUCGCCUCAUUCCCCUCGCCUCGCCUCGUUCCCCUCGCCUCGCCUCGUUCCCCUCCCCUCGCCUCGUUCCCCUCCCCUCGCCUCGUUCCUCCCUCGUUCCCCUCCCCUCGCCUCGUUCCCCUCCCCUCGCCUCGUUCCCCUCCCCUCGUUCCUCCCCCUCGCCUCGUUCCCCUCCCCUCCCCUCGCCUCCCUGCGACAAAAACACUCCAUCUGCUAGGAGAGGAAAUCACACCACAAUGAGUCUCUCUGAGAGAGAGGGACUGCUGCUACGGCGGUAUGGCCGGCCUGGGCUGGGCUGGGCCCUGAGAGAGAGGGACUGCUGCUACGGCGGUAUGGCCGGCCUGGGCUGA